ACACUUAACCUUAAACACGAAGAGAACACUAUGGCAACAGGAGACUCAGAUGGGACUGUGUGCAGCCCCGUGUCUCCUGCGUUCAGUCCUUUCAGAAUCUUCCAAUCAUACCUCCUGUUUGGGGCUCUCCCACCUGUCACCCUGGCCCUUCUCUGCUUGGACGGCGUCUUCCUCUCCUCAGCCGAGAAUGACUUCGUUCUCCGGGUCCAGGAGGAGCUGGACCGCUUCCUGCUGCAGAAGCAGCCAUCAAAGGUACUUCUUUUCCCCCCACUUUCCAGUCGCCUUCGGUACCUGAUCCAUAGGACGGCCGAGAAUUUUGAUCUUCUGAGCAGCUUCUCUGUUGGGGAGGGCUGGAGGAGGAGGACCGUCAUCUGCCACCUGGACAUCAGGUCACCCAGUACAGACGGACUCUCGGCCACCUGCCGCCCUCCCGCCUCCCACUCUAGCAAGUACCGAGGUCCUCGGCCCACCUCAAACCAGGGAGCAGCUGCUGGCGUCCCAGGGGCGCGGGCCGGCCGGUGGCAUCGUGGACGCAAACCGGACCAGGUGUUGUAUGUUCCCCGGGUGCUGCGCAGGCAAGAAGAACGGGCGCCACCCCCUGCCCCAGGGCUCCAGGGAGACGCUCCAGCUGAUAAGGUCCUGGAAGAAACUGGAGAUGUUGGUGCCGGGGACCCCGACUCUGAUCAGGAACUCCCUGUGUUAGUGACUCAGGCAACGGAGGACCUAAUGGGCCCGGGCCAAGGUUGUGAAAAUGAGCAGCUGCCGGACCCAGUUGACCCUGAGCCCCCAAGGCCUGAGAGCCACUCAGGGACAGGAGACAGGCUGGAGAAGGCCGCACAGCCUGGGGCCGGUCUGCAGCCGGGCCUGGAAGGAGGGGAUGGGAGUGCGCUGGAGCAGAGCCUGGCAGCCGAGGAGGAGGAGGAGGGAGAGGUGGAAGAGGAGGGGCCUGGCAGCUGCUCCGAGGACGAGUACAGCGAGCUGCUGCAGGAGAUCACAGACAACCUGACUGAGAAGGAGAUUCAGGUAGAGAAGGUCCACGUGGACACAGCCUCCUUCACCGACUUGCUGCCUGGAGAGAAGGAUUUUGCCCACGUGGUGGAGAUCUAUGACUUUGAGUCAGCACUCAAGACUGAGGACCUGCUGGCAGCAUUUUCCGAGUUCCAAGAGAAGGGGUUCAAGAUUCAGUGGGUGGAUGACACACACGCACUUGGCGUCUUUCCCUGCCUGGCCUCAGCUGCUGAAGCCCUGGCCAAGGAUUUCUCAGUGCUCAAGAUCCGUCCUCUCACGCAGGGAACCAAGCAGUCAAAGCUCAAAGCCUUGCAGAGGCCAAAGCUCCUGCGUCUGGUGAAGGAGAGACCGCAGACAAACACAGCAGUGGCCCGGAGGCUGGUGGCCCAGGCCCUGGGGCUCCAGCACAGAAAGAAAGAGCGGCCUACCUCGGAGGCGCCUACCUCCCUGAGGCCCUGAGAGGCCCAGCAAGCCUGGAUUGGCAGCCCCAGAGCUCAGCUGCUGUCCCAACAGCCCAGGCUUUCACGGACACCAGGACAGCCCUGCGCUAGCAUUGGAGGGUCACCAUGGGGCGUGGUGGGCUAUAGAUUGGUCUGGUUUCACCUGCUAAGAAAAAAUAAAAACUUAGAAGUUGUUA